AUGGAAGUUCCAUCUGGCCAAAAACUAUUUCAAGACUUACCAAUUCCAGAUAGCUUUGUUAUAUACGACGAAAUGGAAACUCUCAUUCUUGAUGGAGAUGAAGAACAAAUUCCAGAAAUAGUUAAAUUUAUUAAAGAAAACUUUAACGAUAAUGAAUAUGAACAAUGCUACUUAACAGUUAUAAACUUUUGCGUUAUGUAUCCCACAAGAUUACGAUAUUUUGGUUUAUUAUACGUACAAAUGAUGGAAAAGAUCGGAAAAUAUCCAAUUACCUAUACAUUAGUUCAUCUCAAUAUUGCAUUAGCUCGCUUUGUUUAUUUACAUAAUGGUUAUUCUCUUCAACAAUUCCAAAGCUGCUCAUAUUUUACAGAUUUAUAUGCAAAAUACUUCGGAUCUGAUACAACAAAAGGAUUAUCUGAGGACCAACUUCUUAAAUUCUACGAAGAUGAUACAUUACAAUCAAUAAUUUUUCAUGAUGACAUAGAUAAGCUUGUUCAAGUAUCCUCUCUUCCUAAUUUCGACUUCAACCAGCGAUUGAAACUUAAUGAUUGCCAUUUCAACAUAAAUUUCGAAGUUUCUUUGAUUGGCUUUGCUUGUUUAUAUGGUUCCGUCCAAUGUUUCAAGUAUUUGAAACUCAGUACAUCAGGUAUUAGUCAUGAUACUGCCGGAUAUGCAAUAAUCGGCGGAAAUUACGAAAUUAUACAUAUUUGUAUACGAGAAAUUGGUUCUGGGAACAUUUUACUAACAAAUGCGAUCCAAUAUCAUAAGAAUGGCAUUGCUGACUGGUUAUUAAUGAAUACUCCUGAUCUAAAAGCGACAAUUGAUGCAGCUCUCUACGGUUUCAACACAAGAGCAGUUUAUUUCUACAUAACUGAACCGUUAAGAGCCAGUACAAGAUUUGUUAAGUACGAUUACGAUGUAACUCUCGCUGCUUCCAUCGGAUAUUCUUUAUUACUUAGAUAUUACGUAGAGAACAACAAGAAGUUCUUCCGAUCUCUAUGGAAUGAUCCAAUGUUAUCAGCAUCAAUGUGCAGAAGCUUUGAAUCAAUUAAAAUUUUGAAAGAUAGUGGUUUCAAGGGAAAUCUUAUUCAUAUUGCAGCAUUUGGAGAUGAUAUUGAACUUGCAAAGCUCUUUAUCAAAGAAAGCAGUCAAAAAGACAUGGAAACUGCAAUGGAAAGUUGCAUCAAAGUUAAUGCAGUGAAUGUGGCCAGAAUUUUGUUUGAAAAUGGCUAUGUAAGUAAUGUCCACCAUCAUAUGCCUAGUUCUGAAAUGAAAGCUCUUUUCGAUCAGUAUUCAAAAGAAUCAAAUGAAGAAGAAGACAAAAAUGAUGAAGAAUAA